AUGCGUAACCCACCACCACCGCCUCUUCCUCAAUUCAUGGUACGUCCUACGAGCUUGUUACAAACGCCCCCACCACCACCACCUACUACCCAUGACUCCAACUCAACAACUUUGUUACCUAUGCCUCCACCACCACCCCCUCCUCCUCUUGGAUCAAAGACCAAUAAAACGGCCUCGUCAAAUGAACCGAAGUCUGGCAAAAGUAUGCCAGCUGAUGGAGCAUUGGGUAUCCAUUAUCCAAGUCAAAAUCCCCAACGUAUGGGUAGUGUACCACAUACUGAGCAACACGAUUAA